AUGACCUCAACUUAUGAUCAUCAUGAUCCGGAGGUGGUAGAAGCAAUGAAAUUUCUGGUUCUCCCACCAGAAGAAAAAAUCAAACUUCAGGCUCAACCAUUCGAUGGUAAAAAAGCAUGUUGGGCACCUGAUGCAAAAGAGUCUUAUGUUGCUGGUGAAAUUGUGAGUACAAAAGGUGAUGAUGUAACAAUAAAAACUGCCAAGGGAGAGACUGUUACAGUAAAAAAAGAUAAUGUUCAACAGAUGAAUCCACCAAAGUAUUCAUGCACUGAUGAUAUGGCUGAUUUAACCUAUUUAAACGAUGGCUCAGUUUUGGCUAAUUUACGCGAUCGUUAUGCACGUUGGCUCAUCUAUACAUAUUCAGGUCUAUUUUGCGUCGUCAUUAAUCCAUACAAACGCUUGCCAAUUUAUACAAUGAAAGUAGUUAUGAUGUAUCGUGGCAAGAAGCGCACUGAAGUUGCACCACAUCUGUAUGCCAUUGCUGAUAAUGCUUAUUCGAACAUGCUUCGUGAUCGUGAAAAUCAAUCUAUGUUGAUUACUGGUGAAUCAGGUGCUGGCAAAACAGAAAAUACAAAGAAAGUUAUUCAAUAUUUCGCUUUGGUAGCUGCUGCUAGUGUAAAGAAAGACGAUAGCGCCAAGAAAACAAUGACUCUUGAAGAUCAAAUUAUUUCAGCUAAUCCGGCUUUGGAGGCUUAUGGUAAUGCAAAAACAACUCGAAACAAUAAUUCUUCUCGUUUUGGAAAAUUUAUUCGUAUUCACUUUGGUCCUACAGGAAAAAUUGCAGGUGCUGAUAUUGAAGUAUAUCUACUCGAGAAAUCUCGUGUCAUCUUUCAGCAACCAGCUGAACGCAACUAUCAUAUUUUUUAUCAAAUGUGCUCCACUGCAUUUCCGGAAAUGCACAAACUAUGUCUUAUUCAAACUGAUCCAUUAAAAUAUCAGUUUGUAUCCCAAGGUAUGGUUGUCAUUGAUGGUGUAGAUGAUGCUGAAGAAAUGCGUAUCACCGAUGAGGCUUUUGAUACACUUGGCUUUACAACGGAAGAAAAGAAUAGUAUGUACAAGUGUACAGCUGCCAUUAUGCACUUUGGUAAUUCACAAUGGAAACAGCGACCUCGGGAAGAGCAAGCAGAAGCUGAAACUACAGAAGACUGUGAAAAGGUUGCGCAUUUACUUGAGGUCGAUGCUGCGGAACUUAUUAAAGGUUUACUUAAACCUCGUAUCAAGGUUGGUAACGAAUUCGUCAAUAAAGGUCAAAAUAAAGAUCAAGUUGUGAACUCAAUCGGUGCUUUAUCCAAAUCGAUUUACCAUCGAAUGUUUUGCUGGUUAGUCGAGCGUGUUAACACAACUCUCGAUGUCAAAGCUAAACGACAAUAUUUUAUUGGUGUGCUCGAUAUUGCUGGUUUUGAAAUUUUUAACUACAAUGGUUUCGAACAAUUAUGUAUUAAUUAUACUAAUGAACGUCUUCAACAAUUCUUCAAUCAUCAUAUGUUCGUAUUAGAACAAGAAGAAUACAAAAGAGAAGGUAUCCAAUGGGAAUUUAUCGAUUUCGGUAUGGAUCUUCAAGCUUGUAUUGAUUUGAUCGAAAAGCCUAUGGGUAUUCUUUCGAUUCUGGAAGAAGAAUGUAUCGUACCAAAGGCUACAGAUAAGACAUUCGUCGAAAAACUUUACAAUAAUCAUUUAGGAAAACAUCCACAAUUCGGUAAACCCAAACCUGCAAAAGGUAAAGCAGAAGCACAUUUUGAAAUUCAUCAUUAUGCUGGUUCUGUCCCAUACACUGCUACCGGAUGGCUUGAAAAGAACAAAGAUCCUAUUAACACUACUGUUGCUACUCUCUUUGCUAAAUCUAAAAGCACAAUGUUGGCUCAUCUCUUUGCUGAUGUUAUUGAAGAAGAAGGUGGUGGUGGUGGUAAAGCAGGAGCCAAGAAGAAGGGUGGAAGUAUGCAAACUAUUUCAGCUACUCAUCGUGAAUCACUCCAUAAAUUGAUGACUAAUUUGAAAUCAACUCAUCCUCAUUUUGUUCGUUGUAUUAUUCCGAAUGAAAUCAAAACAGGAGGCGUUCUUGAUUCACAUUUGGUUAUGCAUCAACUUACAUGUAAUGGUGUACUUGAAGGUAUUCGUAUUUGUCGUAAAGGCUUUCCAAAUCGUAUAAUUUAUGCUGAAUUCAAACAACGUUAUUCUAUUUUGGCACCCAAUGCCAUUCCCAAAGGAUUUGUUGACGCUAAGAAGGCAACUGAAAGCAUUCUCAAAGAUGUAGCUUUAUCUGAAGAACUAUACCGAUUAGGUAGCACUAAAGUCUUCUUCAAGGCUGGAACAUUAGGUCAUCUUGAAGAUUUACGUGAUCAAGCAUUGUCAAGAAUCAUUGCUCGAUUACAAAGUCAAGUUCGUGGUUACAUUAUGAAAAGAGAGUACAAGAAAAUGUUGGAACAACGUUUAGCUCUGUCUGUCUUACAACGUAAUAUUCGUAAAUAUUUGUCACUUCGCAACUGGGCAUGGUGGAAAUUAUAUACCAAAGUUAAGCCACUCUUGUCAGUAGCUCGACAAGAAGAUGAGUUGAAAAAACUCGAAGAUGAAUUUAAAGCACUCAAAGAACAAUUUGAAAAAGAAGAAAAAUUACGUAAAGAAACGGAAGAUAAUAAUUCAAAACUGAUUCGAGAGAAGAAUGAAAUUUAUCUUCAAUUGGAAACACAACGAAAUCUUAUGGGUGAUGCUGAAGAACGCUUAACUCGAUUAGUAACUCAAAAGUCUGAUCUCGAGCAACAAAUCAAAGAUGUAGAAGAACGAUUAAAUGAUGAAGAAUCUGCAUCUCAAGAAUUAAAUAAAAAGAAGAAGAAAUUAGAACAAGAUAUUGAAGGAAUGAAAAAAGAUAUUGAUGAUAUACGUUUAAGCCUUCAAAAAUCAGAAAACGAAUGCAAAACACGAGAUAAUCAAAUUCGUAUGUUACAAGAUGAAAUGGCACAACAAGAUGAGAGCAUUGCUAAAUUAACACGUGAACGUAAACGACUUGAAGAGCAAAAUACAAAAACAACCGAACAAUUACAAGCAGAAGAAGAUAAAGUUAAUCAUUUAAAUAAACUUAAAACAAAACUUGAACAAACGCUUGAUGAACUUGAAGAAAAUUUGGAACGCGAGAAAAAAAGUCGGGCCGAUCUUGACAAAUCUAAAAGAAAAGUCGAGACUGAUCUUAAAGCAGCACAAGGUAAUAUUGAAGAACUCGAACGAUCAAAACACGAUCUUGAAGAUACUCUCAAACGAAAAGAUCAAGAAAUUCAACAAGUCAAUAGCCGUCUAGAAACUGAACAAAGUCAAGCAACUAGUCUUAGCAAGAAAAUUAAAGAAUUACAAGCACGUGUCGAAGAAGUUGAAGAAGAACUUGACAAUGAACGUCAAUCACGUGCCAAAACCGAGAAACAACGAGCAGAUUUAGCACGAGAAAUUGAUGAAAUGCGUGAACGUUUAGAUGAUGCUGGUGGAGCAACUUCAUCACAAGUUGAAAUGAAUAAAAAACGAGAAGCAGAAUUGGCUAAACUUCGUCGUGAUUUAGAAGAAGCUAAUCUUCAACAUGAAGCUACUGCAGCACAACUUCGUAAGAAACAUCAAGAUGCAGUUACUGAAAUGGGUGAACAAAUUGAUCAACUUCAAAAAACCAAAAAUAAAUUAGAAAAAGAAAAAAUGACAGUUAAAUCUGAAUUAGAUGAUUUACGAUCACAAGUUGAUCACAUACAAAAGGGUAGAGGUGCCGCUGAAAAACUUUCCAAACAACUUGAACAACAAUUGAGUGAAAUGCACGUUAAAGUUGAUGAUCAUACAAAGCAAAUGCAUGAAGUUAAUCAACAAAAAUCAAAAUUAGCCAGUGAAAAUUCUGAAUUAUCUAGACAACUUGAAGAUUUUGAACAUCAAGUAAGUGCUCUUACAAAAACUAAAAUACAAUUACAACAACAAUUGGGUGAAGCCCAACGCAUAAUCGAUGAAGAAUUACGUGGUAAAGGUUCUAUUGCUUCUCAAUUGCGUAACUUAACGGCUGAUCUUGAUCAAGCACGUGAGCAACUCGAAGAAGAACAAGAGGGUAAAGUUGAACUGCAACGACAAGUAACUAAACUCAGUACUGAAGUUCAACAAUGGCGAUCACGUUAUGAAUCUGAAGGUAUGGCUCGUGCUGAAGAACUUGAAGAAGCAAAACGUAAAUUAGCAGCCAAAUUAUCAGAAGCUGAAGAACAAGUUGAAGCAGCUUUAUCAAAAUGUAAUGCAUUAGAGAAAGUCAAAGCUCGUUUACAAGGUGAAGUCGAAGAUUUGAUGGUUGAUGUCGAACGUGCUAAUGCUAAUGCUUCAACUAUGGAUAAAAAACAAAAACAAUUUGAUAAACUUAUUAAUGAAUGGAAACAAAAAUGUGAAGAUAUUACAGUCGAAUUGGAGACUUCACAAAAAGAAGCACGUCAAUUCUCAACAGAAUUAUUCAAAAUUAGAGGCCAAUACGAAGAGUCACACGAACAGAUUGAAGCUCUUCGUAAAGAAAAUAAAAAUUUGGCUGAUGAAAUUAAGGAUCUUACUGAUCAAUUGUCCGAUGGCGGAAAGGGAUUACACGAAAUAGACAAAGCUCGCAAACGUGCUGAAUUAGAAAAGGAAGAAAUUCAACUUGCACUGGAAGAAGCUGAAUCAGCACUCGAACAGGAAGAAGCUAAAGUACUUCGUUCUCAAAUGGAAUUGAGCACUAUUCGUCAAGAAAUUGACCGACGUAUUCAUGAAAAAGAGGAAGAAUUCGAAACUACUCGACGCAAUCAUGCACGUUCUAUCGAAUCAAUGCAAGCCAGUUUGGAAGCAGAAACCCGAGCGAAAGCCGAAGCUCUUAAGCAGAAAAAGAAACUCGAAUCAGACAUCAAUGAACUCGAAUCUGCAUUAGAUCAUUCAAAUCGUACAAAUACUGAUUUACAAAAAUCACUCAAAAGAUUACAACAAACAGUAGCUGAAUUACAAUCCCAAGUCGAGCAUGAACAACAACAACGUGAUGAAGCUCGUGAAGCAGCUGCAUCAGCUGAACGUCGCGCUAAUCUCAUCAUAGGCGAACUUGAAGAGUUACGAACAGCUUUAGAACAAGCUGAACGAGCACGUAAAGCUGCCGAAUGUGAAUUACAUGAAGCGGCUGAUCGAAUUAGUGAAGUCAGCACACACAAUGCUAAUUUAUCUUCACAACGACGACAACUUGAAUCAGCAGUAACUGCUAUGCAAUCCGAUUUGGAUGAAGCUGUAGCUGAAUUGAAAAAUGUCGAAGAACGCUGCAAGAGAGCUGAGGCAGAUACUACUCGGCUCGCUGAAGAAUUACGUAGAGAACAAGAGCAUUCAAUCAAUGUUGAACGACUACGAAAAGGUCUUGAACAACAAGUCAAAGAUCUCCAAACACGUCUCGAUGAAGCUGAAGGCAAUGUACUUAAAGGAGGCAAACGUAUCAUUGCUAAACUCGAACAACGUAUUCAUGAAUUAGAGAAUGAAAAUGAAAUGGAACAACAUCGUCAUCAAGAAACAAUCAAGGAAUUACGUAAGAACGACCGACGUUUGAAAGAACUUGUAUUCCAAAUUGAAGAAGAUCGCAAGAACCAAUUACGCUUACAAGAUCUCACAGAGAAAUUACAGAACAAAAUCAAAGUAUACAAACGUCAAGUUGAAGAAGCUGAAGAAAUUGCAGCACUUAAUCUAGCCAAAUAUCGAAAAGCUCAAGCAGAUCUCGAGGACUCAGCUGAACGUGCCGAUGUUGCUGAAAAUCAAUUGAGCAAAUUACGCGCUAAAAAUCGUUCGACAGUUAGUGCCAAUCGUACUACAUCAGCUGAUGAUUACCGUGAGUCAACUGCUGCACGAGCUGUCUCCAUGGUUCGCAGUAGCUCUGUUCGUCCACGUUAA